AUGGGUGCGCUAGUUGUCAAACGGGGGUAUUUCCUCUCAAACGGUCGAUGCUCAAAGUGUUUCGAAACUUGUAUAAAGUGCACUUCAAUGAAGUAUUGUUCCGAGUGCUCAGACAAUUAUGUGAAUAUCGACUAUAAGUGUCAUCACUCUUCUACAAUUCAAUAUUGCACAGCUGCAACAAAUGAUCGAUGUACUAAAUGUAAAGGGUGGCAUGCACCUGAUGACAGUGGGUCUUUUUGCAAGACUGCAAUGCGCUAUGAUAUUAUAUUUGGGACAAUUGUAGGAUUUAUAGUAUUAAUAGUUUUUGUACUUGUAAUAGUAGUAGUGUUGUGUUACCAAAUUAAUCUUCACAACAAAGAAAAGAAAAAGAUGAUGAAUGUCUGUGUUUAUAAUAUGAAGAAAUCAAAUAUCCCUUUGCAAAAUCUUGGUGACUUUUUGUUGAGUAAUAAACAAAUUAUUACAUUUGGAGUACUCAAUGAAGACAGUUUGAUAGAAGUGAAUGAAGAGACGCGUGAACUGCUGUGUGUUGGAAAUAACACUAAUUACACAAUAAAAGUCCAAUUCAGUGUUGUCGACAAUUGCGACCAAUUUUUGAUACGAACUGAACCAACUUUAGUUACUCUUAAAAAGGGAUUUGCAUGUGAAUUUGAGAUCUUUAUUAAACCCAUUUGCAAGUGUGUUAUACAUUCAAAUAUUGUAGCCAUUGCACUCGACUUGGAAACAGGAAAACAAAUUGAUGAAAAAAUAGAAGUGAGUGCUGUGACAAAAAUGACGACGCGACUGGACUACACCGAGUUGAUAUAA